GCGCUAGCCGAGGGAAGUUUCCCUCCGAAAAGUUUUAAAGCGGUUCCCGAAGGGCGGGAAGCGUGAGGCGUGCGUGCUGCGUGCCGCGCAUCGAUCGGCCCGACCCUCGCCCUCACCACUCCCGGCUCCGAUACAUUCAUUUGGACAAAAUAUCAUUCCAUCAUUGCAUUUAGUAUUCUCCAUUCCUUUUAUUUAUUUGCAGUAGUUUUUCGUGAUUUAGUGCAUGUUUUAGGGGCUAGAUAAAUAUAAAUCGUAUUUGUGAAAAUGGGUGGCUGUGCAACGAAAGAAAACAAGGAAAACAAACCGGCAGAGGAUGCCGACGGGAAAGCCGCAGCAAUGGUGGACGCCGCAACCCUCGAGAAGUUGGAGGCUGGCUUCAGCAAGCUGGCCGCCUCUGACUCCAAGUCACUGCUGAAGAAGUACCUGACCAGGGAAGUCUUCGAUGCUCUCAAGAACAAGAAGACCUCCUUCGGCUCGACGCUCUUAGACUGCAUCCAGUCGGGUGUUGAGAACUUGGACUCUGGUGUCGGAAUCUACGCCCCCGACGCUGAGGCGUACGUAGUCUUCGCCGACCUGUUCGACCCCAUCAUCGAGGACUACCACAACGGCUUCAAGAAGACAGACAAGCACCCCGCCAAGAACUGGGGAGACGUCGAGACCCUCGGCAACCUGGACCCCGCCUCCGAGUUCGUGGUCUCCACUCGCGUUCGUUGCGGCCGCUCCAUGGAGGGCUACCCCUUCAACCCCUGCCUGACCGAGGCCCAGUACAAGGAGAUGGAAGACAAAGUCUCCUCCACCCUCUCCGGCCUCGAGGGCGAGCUCAAGGGCACCUUCUACCCGCUCACCGGCAUGUCCAAGGAGACCCAGCAGCAGCUCAUCGACGACCACUUCCUCUUCAAGGAGGGCGACCGCUUCCUGCAGGCCGCCAACGCCUGCCGCUUCUGGCCCACCGGCCGCGGCAUCUACCACAACGAGAACAAGACCUUCCUGGUGUGGUGCAACGAGGAGGACCACCUGCGUCUGAUCUCGAUGCAGAUGGGCGGCGACCUGAAGCAGGUGUACAAGAGGCUGGUGACCGCCGUCAAUGAUAUCGAGAAGAGGAUCCCGUUCUCGCACAACGACCGGCUGGGUUUCCUGACCUUCUGCCCGACCAACCUGGGCACGACCGUGCGUGCGUCGGUGCACAUCAAGCUUCCCAAGCUGGCUGCCGACAAGGCCAAGCUGGAGGAGGUGGCGUCGAAGUACCACUUGCAGGUGCGCGGCACCCGCGGCGAGCACACCGAAGCCGAGGGCGGCGUGUAUGACAUCUCCAACAAACGCCGCAUGGGACUCACCGAGUACGAGGCCGUCAAGGAAAUGUACGACGGAAUCGCUGAACUGAUCAAAAUCGAGAAGUCGUUGUAAGGAGUCUUUCGAUCUCGCGCUAUCAGUAUUUUUUGUAUUAUUUAUCGUUUCAUGUAAGGAGUUCAAGUAUCGGAUGGGAGGGUCGGCGGACUAGUCAGGCGCUCCGCGCGCCCGGGCACGCAGGCGGCCCUAUAUUAUACUGUUUUCGUAAAAGUAUUUUCUAUAAGGAAAUGGAAAAUAAAGACAGCUAGCAUUAAGACCAA